AUGGUCUACUAUUUCACCUCGACCGUGGUUGACCCGCCGGCGUACAUUUAUGUCGGCAAGGACAAGUUUGAGAACAAGCUCUCCUCAGCCCACAUCUACCUCCGCCUCCCCGAAGGCCAAACCUGGGACGCCAUCCCCGACCCCCUCCUCACCGACCUCGGCCAGCUGACAAAGGCUAACUCGAUCGAGGGCAACAAAAAGGACAACAUCACCAUCAUCUACACCCCCUGGUCCAACCUGAAAAAGGACGGCUCCAUGGCCGUCGGCCAGGUCUCGUUCAAGGACCAGAAGAAAGUCAAGCGGAUCCUGAUCCCCCAAAGGGAGAACCCCAUCGUGAACAGGCUCAACAAGACCAAGGUGGAGAAGCACCCUGACUUGAGGCAGGAGAAGGAGGAUAGACUCAAAGAGCUGAGGAAGAGGGAUCAUAGUGCUUUUCUGGCGAGGAAAAAAGAAGAAGCCCGUAUCGCCAAAGAGCGCCAGGAGAAGAAAUACCAAAAGGACCACGCCUACGACGACAUCUUCACCGAGGAGAACCUGGCCCAGUCCAGCAACCAGGACAGGGGGUCAGAUUGGGAGGAUGAUUUCAUGUAG